UCUCCUAAAAGAAAAAUAUUCGCCAACUUGCUACAACUCAACGCCUUCUUCUCCAUCUUAUAAGGAGCUAACUUAGCAUUAUGUUCCCUAUACAAUUCACUUGAGCUAGCACUCGGCUUUAGGUGAAGUAGCUCUGCACUUCUCUCCAGAGCUACUUCUCGUUUAACUUGUAAUUCUUUAAUGGCCUCGUGGACUUCAAGGCAAAACAAGAAGUUCGAAGAGGCUUUGGCGUUAUAUGACAGAGACACACCUGAUCGUUGGCAUAACAUUGCAAGGUGUGUAGGUGGAAAAUCAGCUGCAGAAGUGAAGAGGCAUUAUGCAGUGCUUGUGAAGGAUAUCAUGCAAAUAGAAAAUGGUCAAGUACCUUUACCAAAUUACAAAGCCACGGCUGAAACCAAUAACAGAUCAGGUUAUGCCAAUGAACAUAGGCUUCUGAAGAACCUGAAGUUACAGUGAGAACAAAUUUCGCGGCCAUGCUGAAUAACAUCACAAAUUCUCUGCUUUAUUGCAAAUGCAAAAGGCAUAAAUUGUGAAUUCAUGUCUAAGUUUUUGAAGUAAGCAAAAUGU